UUUUAAUUUGUUUUUAAUAUACUAUACAUGGUGUUUUUAUAAAUGUCAUUGAAAUCACAUUUUUAUGCAUUUUAUUGAUAUAUUUAUUAUUAUUAUGGUAUGAAAUGCAAUAACACUGUAAAUGUGACUUCACGUGAGAAAUGUAUUUAGCAUUCAUACCAUUGGCUCAACAAAAUGCUCACAUAUUACGUGAAAAAGUAUUUGUAAAAAGUUUUAUACAAAACACACGACAAGUCUAUUGUGGUUACGAUUAUAUCGCUAACCAGUCCUGACAUCCGACACAAAAAACUAAUUAAUAUAUCGCUAAUCAUAUGCUAAUUAUUAGCCAACGGUUUAUCGCCUAAACUAUUGUGAAAAACCAUUUCAUACUUACAUAAGACUAUUAUUUAACACCAAAUAUUAUGGACUCCAACAAAUGCCCGGAUAUUAUAGACCUGUCGGAGUCCCUACUCCGGGAGCUGUCGGCGCUAUACAUGAGCCCAACGGCUAGUGAUGUGGUGUUUAUCGUAGAGGAGGAGCGGAUAUUUGCCCACAAAUUUGUGUUAGUCUUACGGUGCGAGUACUUCCGGCUGAUGUUUGCCAGUGGGCUCCGGGAGUGUGUCAGCAAUGAGGUGGUGGUCAAGGAGACUCCGGUGUCAGCAUUUAAGGAGGUGCUCUACUUCAUGUAUACCGGGGUUAUUCAUUUGAAUAAUAAGAAAGUGGAUGAUAUCAUCGAUGUUUUGUUUCUAGGUCAUCGCUACGAAAUGCACGAAUUAGUUACCGCGGUCACUGACUACCUGGGUCACAACAUAACCAAUGACAACGUGUGCGCCAUUCACGAGACGGCCUCCCUAUUCGCCAUAAGCCCACUGCUGGAAAAUUGCCACCAAUUCAUACUCGGAAACGGAUACCAACUCCUGUCCAACGGAUCUCUACUAAGUCUUAGCCCCAAAACACUGAUCCAAUUGCUGUCAAGCGAUGACUUCUGCGCCGAAGAGCUGGAUGUGUUCAACGCUAUCAUCAAAUAUCUGCAAAUGAAUGCCGAGAUCACCGCAGAGGUGGCCGAAGAACUCGUGUCUACCGUUAGGUUACACCUGAUCUCCUGGAACGACAUGAUUGCCUACGUCUGGCCCUCAGGGUUUUUCGCCAGAGAAGAGCUACUGAUGUCGAUCGACAACAGACCCAAAACCGGCGAUAACUACCGCAAAUGUGUGGCACCUGUACUUGAUUUGGGAUCCAUUUCCCAGUUUAUUGUCGAGAAGUCUGUGCUAUACUCACAUAAGUUUGAGCCCAACCUAUCGGUGGUCCAGAAAAUACCCGGAUGUGUCACCUUUGACAUGGAUUGCCUCAGAUUUGCUAAUUAUAUGGAACUGGAGUUUGGGAACUGCUGUCGGACCGGGUAUUCAUACUAUGUUGAGGUGUCCACGGAUAGUGUGAAGUGGGAACGGGUGGCCGACUACAUGGACUACCAGUGCUACUCAACUCAAUGCAUAUAUUUCCCAAAAACAGCGGUAAAACAGUUGAGGAUUUACUGCGGACUCAGCGGCGGAACUAAUUUCAUAUUAAAUGACUUAAAGCUUAUGAUUAAGGAGUUCCCGAAGAAUAUGUACCAUAACUCAAGGGGUAAGAGUGAUCUGGAUUAUGGCAGUUAUAAUCCCAAUAAGACUUAUGCGCCUAUAUAUGGCACACAUCACGAUAUCUCAUCCAAAGCCAAACAUUUUAAGAGAUUUGGUUUGAAGUCUUAG